UGAAAAUGGAAAGCUGGCUACCUGGGGAGCUAUUCUCGGUUUUCUGGUAAUGAUGACUUUAGACGUAGGACUUGGAUAACUAGCAUGUGACUUUGUAGAAAAAUUAUUGUUCUUGAAUCAACUCUUUGAUUCAAUUUGGAGUGAUUUGGAAAUAUUGUUUUGACUUACCUUUUUCAGACGGUCCAUUCAGGUUAAUAUUAAGUAUUAGAUUUAUUAUUUCUCGUGAAUAUUUUUUAAAAAUUUUUAUGAAUCCAACAUUAAUUGUAAUUUGUAUAUGAUUACGUGGUAAAGGACUUUUCGAUUCUGUUUUAUUUCAUAUCGUAGGGAAUAAGUACUCGUAUUUGUGAAAAAACAUUUUUUUUCAAUGCAACUUAGAUUUUUGAAGGUUUACUUUACAUAAUAACAUUCAAAUGCUUACCGUAAAACUUCGUUAGAUGCGAUCUUAGUAUAGUAAUAAUGAAACUGAUGACUAGAAGUUACCUUUUAUAUAAGUAAGACCAAUAUCCGAACGUAUGCUACAUAAUUUAUUACGUUUCCACAUAUAAUUUUGUCUUUGAUGUAACACUGCCAUUGCUUCUUCAUACUCAUUCACGUCAUAAAAAGUGAGAUGUUAUUUUGAUUGGACUUGAGCGACAAUUGAAUGUAAAUCCACAAUGAGCAUAUUUAAAACCAAUUAUGAUUCUCAAAAUGAAGGCUUCAUCGAGUAUAGAAAAAACUAUAAAAGUAAGCUAGUAUCCAGCGAAACACGUGUUCAUUGUGAUUUUCACUAUAAUAGGUUUACAAAUCUGCGACACGUGUUUCGAUGUACUAGCUUGAGGAAGCUAUUGGAUUUUGAUCAAGUGUCGGCCAGUUUCAGUAAAUUUUCAAAAUCUUAAUACGAAGAGCAUUUUAGUGAAUUCAUAUUAACUAACUAUAUAUAUUUGCCUAUGCUAGAAUUGGAAAAGUCCUUAACGCUGUACAGAAAUGUUUAAAUUCUAACGGAGAUCUAUGAAAUAAGAUGCAAUUUAUUAACACCAAAUUUUUUAUAAUUAAAUAAUUCAGUUUGAUAUACAUUUUUGAAUUAUCUUAACAGUUCGGUUACUUUUACAUAUAUCAGAAACUCUUUCAAUUAUUGUCAAAAAAACCUAACAAAUCUAAUGUCAUUUUCGAAAGUUAUUCGAAAUCUGUUUGUACUCGCUUUUUGUAAAAAUAUCUUCUUUUUUAGCUCACAAUAUAUGUUUGAGGGUAGAAGUGUUAAUGUCUUCGAUUGUAAAUACUCUUGUUCCAAGGUCUUGAACAUCAUGGAAAUGAAGUUGUAUUAUUUGGGGUUUUUCAUACAAUCGACCAAUAACAAUAACAAUUAGGGCUGUUUUUCCACCUAGCAAAUACAUUGGUGUUGAAAUUAUUUACAGUUAAGUAGUUGUACAUGAAAAGUUCCUAUAGAAUUUUUAUCUGUUUUAUUUUCUUUCUUCUGUGUGACGCAAUUAUAGAUACAUAUUUGAAUAUUCCAAACGGAAUCAAUGAAUAAUAUUAAUACGACUAAAUAUUUCGCAGAAGAAAGACUCGUUCUACUACCCAGUACUUACUCUUAUUUUACUCAUUUUAUCUUUGACCGAUAGCCAAUUGUAUAACAACUACUGCUGUGAUAGUAGAACUAAAUGUUAUUUUAUAAACCAAUAAAUUUUAACUUAUUGCAUUUA